UGACAGGGAGCCAGCAGAGGCUGCCUGGAGCAGUCGAGUCUUCUCCACCCAGCCUAACUCCUGGAACCCUCAGAAACGAAAGACCAGAAGACUCUCCAUCCACCAGCUGGACGCCUCCUCCCCACUGCAAGCCCCCACCCCCUGGCUGCUCCUGCCCUGGAAAGGCCUGGAAGAAGACGCCAAGGAAACAGCCCUGCCCACUCUCCCUUGGCCCUCCAUCCACCCAGCACGGGCAUCUGAAGACCCCAUGGCCUGCGCUUGCUGGGGCUUCUACCCCUGGCUUGCCCUCCUCUGUGCUUGUGCCUGGGGCCACCCAAAGUCACUGGACCUGAGAGAGGAUGUGAGAAACUGUUCAAUCAGCCCUCCGUACCUUCCAGUUACUGCAGUCAAUACCACAGAGCGGCUCAUAGCCCUCCGCCAACAGAUGCACAUUCAGAAUCUCUCUGCCUACGUCGUUCCUGACACGGAUGCCCACAUGAGUGAGUACAUCAGCAAGUAUGACGAGAGGCGUGCGUGGAUUACAGGCUUUACAGGGUCUGCAGGAAUCGCUGUGGUGACCACGGGGAAAGCAGCUCUCUGGACCGACAGCCGCUACUGGACCCAGGCUGAGCGGCAGAUGGACUGCAACUGGGAGCUCCACAAGGAAGUUGGCACCACUCCUGUUAUCACCUGGCUCAUCACCGAGAUUCCUGUUGGAGGGCGUGUGGGCUUCGACCCCUUCCUCUUCUCCAUCAACUCCUGGGAGAGUUAUAGUGUGGCCCUCCAAGACUCUGACAGAGAGCUGGUGUCCAUCACUGUCAACCUUGUGGACCUGGUGUGGGGGUCAGAGAGGCCUCCAGUGCCAAGCGAGCCCAUCUAUGCUCUGCAGGAGGCAUUCACAGGGAACGCCUGGCAGGAGAAAGUAUCUGGCAUCCGCAGUCAGAUGCAGAAGCAUCGUGAGGCCCCAACUGCCGUGCUUCUCUCGGCGCUUGAUGAGACGGCCUGGCUCUUCAACCUUAGAGGCAGUGACAUCCCUUAUAACCCCUUCUUCUAUUCCUACACGCUGCUCACCGACUCCUCCAUCAGAUUAUUUGCAAACAAGAGUCGCUUUAGCACUGAGACCCUGCAGUACCUGAACUCUGGCUGCACGGGUUCCCUGUGUGUGCAAGUCGAAGAUUACGGCCAAGUCCGUGACAGCAUCCAGGCUUACAUCUCAGGAAACGUGAAGAUCUGGAUCGGGACCAGCUACACCUCGUAUGGGCUCUAUGAGGUGAUACCCAAGGAGAAACUUGUAGCAGACACCUACUCCCCAGUGAUGGUAACCAAGGCGGUGAAAAACAGCAAGGAGCAGACCCUCCUCAGGGCCAGCCAUGUGCGGGAUGCUGUGGCUGUGAUCCGCUACUUGGUCUGGUUGGAGAAGAACGUGCCCAAAGGCACCGUAGAUGAGUUCUCGGGGGCAGAGCUGCUGGAGAAGUUCCGCGGAGAAGAAGAGUUCUUCUCCGGAUCCAGUUUUGAAACCAUCUCUGCCAGUGGCCUGAAUGCUGCCCUGGCCCACUACAGCCCCACCAAGGAGCUACACCGCAAGCUGUCCUCAGAUGAGAUGUACCUGCUGGAUUCGGGGGGACAAUACUGGGACGGGACAACAGACAUCACCAGAACAGUCCACUGGGGCACCCCUUCUGCUUUCCAAAAGGAGGCGUACACCCGUGUGUUGAUAGGAAAUAUCGAUCUCUCCACACUCGUCUUCCCAGCUGCUACAUCAGGGCGGGUGGUGGAGGCCUUUGCCCGUAGAGCCUUGUGGGAUGUUGGCCUCAAUUAUGGUCACGGGACAGGCCACGGCAUUGGCAACUUCCUGUGUGUGCACGAGUGGCCAGUGGGAUUCCAGUCCAGCAAUAUUGCCAUGGCCAAGGGCAUGUUCACUUCCAUCGAACCUGGUUACUAUCAGGAUGGAGAAUUUGGGAUCCGUCUUGAAGAUGUGGCCCUCGUGGUAGAAGCAAAGACCAAGUACCCAGGGACCUACCUGACCUUUGAAGUGGUGUCCUUGGUGCCCUAUGACCGGAAUCUCAUCGAUGUCAGCCUGCUGUCCCCCGAGCAGCUCCAGUACGUGAACCGCUACUACCAGACCAUCCGUGAGAAGGUGGGCCCGGAGCUGCAGCGGCGCCAGCUGCUGGAGGAGUUCUCCUGGCUGCAGCGGCAUACGGAGCUCCUGACUGCCAGGGCCGCUCCCACCGCCUCCUUGGCCCCUCUGAUGACAGUCUCCACUCUCGCCGCCAUCCUCGGCUGGAGUGUCUAGCAGCUCAAGACUCCCCUCCUGACCCUCUUGCUCAGCUCCCCUCUCCCCCCACCACCCAUGCCCCAAGAGCCCCUGCCAACCCAUUGCCUGGAAACCACCACCCUCAGCCUCCUUCUACCGGGCCAAGCCCUAGGGGUGCAGGGCUUCUGGAUCACAGGCAGCACCUCCCCUGCCCACCCUGCACCCUGCCACCCGGGCUUGGACAUUUCACCCUCAGCUCCCAACCCCCAGCCCCAGGAUACAGGAGCCAGUUAGUCCCUUUCCUCCCGUGAGCCCAGUAGGCCUAGCCCGUAACCUGGCAGAGCCUGUUGCCCCUCCUGCCCCCAAAAGACCAGUAUAAGACAGUGCCUUACCCCCCCGCCCAAGGGGCUCCAUGGCCCUGGCCGAGCCCGACCGUGUCACCACCUGCUGGACUGAGCCAGACCCACACUGGCUGACUUGUUGGUCUUCCCGCACCCUUGAGGCCACCUCUGGCCACCCCCACUGUCCCUGGCCCUACAGUGGCCUCCUGGCUGCAGCCCACAGGCUGAAGGAUAAAAUACUACUUCCAGACUCCCCGCUGUGCCUGUAGCAAUAGAGAGAGAGAGAGAAAGAGAUGGUGGCUGCUGCCUUCCUGCCACCCCAGGGUCAGGGAGACCAGCCAGGUGAGGGGCACAGACACCAGCCCCCCCCACCCACGUGUCAGCCCAUCACCCUUAAACCCUAGGCAGGGUCCAUGCCAAUUGACAGCAUAGGGAGUUAAGCCAUAGGAAUCUGGACAUGGGGUAGGAGGGGACGCGAGGAACACUCUAGAAUAUGGCCCUACCCACAGUUGGGAACAACCUGAGCCACACUGCCCAAUCACAGACUUCCUGGCAUGUGUGUCACCCUUUGAGCUUUCAAAAGUGCAGCCAGUGGGACAAUGCUGUUAAAUCCUCCAGCAUCCUUAGGUGACCUUUAACCUGUGUGGGCAGAAUCUGGUUUCCCCAUUUUACAGAUAGGAGAACUGAACUCCAGAUGGGGUGGAACCUGCCCAAGGACACAACUGUGUUUGGUGGGAACGUGGCAGGGCCAGAAUGGGUCAGCAGUCCUGCUUUUUUGCCCUUUGGCACCGUGCAGAAUCCCUCAGCCUACCUCCCAGCCCCUUCCACGUUCACCAAGCCCGCUGCUGGGACAGGCGGAGGGUGGGGAAGAGUUGUCUCUGGCCAGCCCAGCCGUUAGCCACCUGGGUUCACAUCCUGCUAAAUGCUUAAAACAGCCUGGCAACGAAGCCUCCCUCUGGGUUUUGCAUUGUCUGCUGUGCAGCCGGAGACUGCUGUUACCUGUGGGUUUUGUGGUGGGGGAGGAAGGGGAGGAGGUGAGGUGGGGGCAGGGAUGUGAGGCUCCCAGAAGCUCAGUUGGGGAGCACAUGUGUUUGAGAGUGCAAGUGAGCAUGCGUGCAUGUACGUGGAGUCGCAUGCAUGCCACGCCCAGCCCAGCACCUCCUGUGCCGAAGACUGUGUAGCCUUGUGGACGGGACAAGAGGAGCCCCAUGCUGGGGGAUUUGUCAAAGGCGGUCCCGGAAAGCUGGGGCCAGCACCAAGGGAGCAGAGUCAGGGGAGGAGAGAAGCAAGUCUCUGGGGCAGAGUGCUGGGCAAAGGCACCAGCUGAGGAGUCCCCCGGGGUGGGGGGGACCACCAGGCCUGGCUUGCUAAGCGUGAGGGUGACCUGUGACAGUUAUCACCACUGAUACUUGCACUCAAAGGCCCCAGCUCUGAGCCAUCCUCACUGAAAGCCUGUAGCACCCCACAGUGGGCCUCUGUUUACUGAGUCAUUUGCUCCCUCACAAGCUCACCCCACAAAGACAGCUGCUCAUAAUAAAAUUAAUCGUCGCCAUCAGCUUCAUCAUAGCAACCAUCCAGUGAGUGUUUACUAUGUACCAGGCACUGUGGUUUACAUGCAUGCUUUUACAUUUUUUUAUUUUACUGUGGUAA